AUGGUGUACAAUUCGUUGACCGAGGCACCUCGCAACCUCAAGGAGUGCAUCGACUGGUUGAUAGCCCUGAAGGGAACUUCUAAAUUUAACACGCAGGCUUUAGGUUUCGCAGUUCACAGAAUUCUCGCGGACACUUCCGUUGGGUUGUUGCGCGUGCCAGCUAUAGAGAAAGUUAAACGUGUUUCUAAAGAAUUCCUGGAGCAAAAAGAACUUAAAGGGCGGCCGUACGUAAAAAACCUACUGAGUAGAUUCAGGGAGCCUAUGAAUAAAACCGAUUCUAUGGGUUUUAGGGGCAUUUGGAGUGAUCACCUGAGCGAUUAUGAGAACGUCCUAAAGGAGGAUGGCGUAAAGCCAGACGACAUGGCAAAGAACGUAACUCAUGUUGUAUCUAAUUGCGAGAGUUUCUUGAAACGCAUCCAAAACCCCCACCUGUAUAAGUCUGCUUACAGCUCACAAGCGACGUGGGAUGCGUCAUGCGCGAAAAACCCGGACGCUUGCGCAGCAGUCCUCGUGGGGUUUGCGCCUAUGUUAUGGGUAGGCCUGGUGUCUUUGUGGGAUGUGAUCAAUGAUGACACCGCGGCAGGUGCAGCGCCUGAUGCGGAUAAUAGUUUGGCAAGUGUAUUGAAAGCCCUGGGUUACGUAGAACCGGAAUGCCGCUUUGGAAUGUGCGCUUCAGAUGUCCGCCAGGCGUUGCGCGUUAUGCAUAAAGAUGUAUUGGAAACAAUCUACGACCUCGCUGGAUUCUGGGCCUUCUAUUGA